CUCCCGGGAACAAGCACUUUAUCAAGACACCAUGAACGACACGAUGCACAUGAGAAGAUACUGGUACGUAAUCAAGAAGACCGUGCCCAAUUCACGAUGAAAUGUAUCAUCUGUUGACCCGCCCCGCCCAUAGGUACUCUCCAUUGAAUCAGCCCGCCCAGCCCCAGCAGCCCACGGCUCCCACCCUCCCGCCCUCUCUCUCCCCUGACACAUCCAUGGCCAGCCCACACCCCGCUGCAACGGGCCGCCCCAGCGCUGCUCGUCUUCCCUCUCCCGAGCUCCGCGUCACUGCGGCUGAUCCAGAGGCGCCGCCACGGCCAGUGUCCAGGAGCCGGUCGGCCAAGAGCUCACACAGCAGCCUCCACGGGCGCGCCAAGACCCGCCACACGAGGUCGCGUGAUAGUGUCGGAUUCCCCUGCUCCCAGCUGGCAGGCGGCUGUGCAGGGGAGAAGAGCACGGUCCUUGUGCUGGGCACAGUGUUCGUCGUGACGGUGGUGCUCAUCCAGCUGUAUAGCCUCUAUGUGUCCGCUGUGCGGUACCGCCGCGGCAAGGGGGCUGAGCUGCACACGAUUGUGGUGGACGCGACGCAAACACGGCAGAAUGUGUCUUUGGGAGGGAUGCUCAUCGACCUCAACACGCUCAAGGACGUCAACACCCACCACAGGCCCGCGCACAGGUCGUUUUGGGGCGCCUUUGGCGGGGAGAAAGGGGCGGAGGAGAGGGAUGGGGAGGCCAUUCAUAUGCUGUCGGUGAAUUCGACUGUUGAGGCAUUGCACAUGGACAUGAUUCGGGUGCGCGUAUCGCCGUCGGCGCUUGAGAGGGUCUCUGAGGCGCCUGUCGAUGCAUCGGGUACACAUGCACGCAACCGGGCCAUUCAUCCCAUUGCAUUUGUGUGGUGUGGUCGUAUAGAUGCCGAGAUGGAUGCCUUCGUCGCCAGGUUGUAUCGAGAGGUAGGUGGCUUGUGACGGAUAAGGCAGCAGCACCCGUCAGGCCCACAAAUCACCGUGUCCUUUGUUGUCCGCCCAUCAUUCAGAGCCCCGAGCUCGAUGCUCUCUUGGCUGUUGGCCGCGCAUUCAUCAAAGAGUGAGGAAGAUGGUCACACACGCACCCAUCCAUGGGCCACUUCCCUGUCUCUUUCUCACGGUAGGCGCCCCCUGUCGUCGUCCGAGAAGCCCACCCACGGCAAAGCCAGAAAUGAGACCCAUCUCACCAACCUGACCUCUAUCACCGGCAGCAGCAGCAGCAGCAGCAGCAACAGCACACAGGACGAUCUGCCAGUCUCGUCACCCCCACCUCCCCUAUACAAGCGUCAAGUGCUCGGCGUGCUGAUCAACGCCAUCCCGCGCAACUACAUCCACCUGGCGGCGGGCUUCACCCUCGGCGACCCACUGCCGCCCCAGUGCGGGGUGGACCCUUACCUGCACAAGUAAACCACCCCUCUCCCUCCCUCUCCCCCAACUCCCCUCCCCCCUCUGCCCCCAUACCUGUCUGUGUGUUGCCAGUGGCACAGCGAAGUGGCAGUUCCUAGACACGAGCCUCUUCCAGCACUCGGCCUUCUCAUUUCAGCCACGCCCCGGUGCGUCGGUUGCGCUGUCUUCCGGUGAGGGCCGGAGCGACGAGGUGCGUGCACAGGCGGACAGGAUGCGGCCGUCGUGGUACCCCUGGCUGGGAGGAGGGCCGGUGCCCGAUGAGCAGGGGAGGAGAAAUGCGCUGCUCAAGUGCCUCAAAAGAGAUGUAUGUCCCUGUAGAAAGAGAGGAGCCAUGUGUCUGCCACGCACAUCGGGGGUUCUGUGAUCCUUUUUGCAGGCGAUUCCUGAUUUGUCGAAGCUGUAUGUGUCGCUGCUCAAGUAUCUGAGAGACAGAGGUCACAACACACAUAACACCCACACAAACACGGGAGCACCCUCUCUCUGUGUCCACAGGUUUCCCGAUAGAGAGCGUGGAGGUGGCGUACAAGCCCGACCUGUGGUCGCUGCACAUCCCGCCCGCCUCCCUGGCACUCUUGCUCAAACACAUCGCACUGCAGCUCUACGACAGACGGCUCGACCGGGUCAAACUAUAUGGUAUGUGGAGACGCCCAUGUCUCUCUCUCUUUCUACCUGUGUGUGCGGCUGUGAUGUGGUAAGGUCCUGGCACCAGCCUCUUGAACCACUCUGCGCCGUAUUUCGCGGCCCUGCAGGCUGACGAGUCCGCAUAUAACACCCUGGCAGGCUGGUACGGAGACGAACACAACAACACACUGAGCAUAAGACAAUGCCCUCGUCUGCUGACAGGUCGGUGCAGGCAUGGGAUGACGUCCUGGCCGCCCCCUACACCCUGGCUCGCCUCCAGGCACACACCAACGCACACACAGACAGCAGCGACAAACACCCGGCCAGCAUCGGCAGCAGCAGACACGGCAGCAAUGGGUCCGGGCUGGAGGGUCUCUGGCGAUGGGCGACGGAAAAGGGCAGGCGGCUGCUGCUCAGAAGAGGACACAAUGGCAGUCACGGCGCAUCAACGACAUCUGUGUCCCACGACUGGGUGACGACUUUCGACAGCAGCGUGUUUCUGCGUCAGCAGCUGGCGGCCUUCCACCAGCACCUGAUGGCUCUGAAGGUGCCUCUCAAGACAUCUGCACACCAACCCUUCGCGGCUGCACGUUUGUAUGCCCACGCGCAUGGGACAAAAGAGGAACACACCGACAAGGAGAAGGAGAAGGAGAAACGGUGAGGGAAAGAGAGAGGCGAGUACACACACACAGACACCCAGAGAGAGAGGGACAGGGGGUGGUGCACAUGGGUUGCCGGAUGUGUGUGUGGUCAGUCGUCACCCCUUGCCCCUGUAUGUUAGCGAGUUUGGUGUGGGCACCACCUACCUCGGCGGCAGGAAGUUCCAGCACACGCCCGCAGACUGCUACACUACACCACACAGGUGACACCCACACCCACACCCACACCCACACCCACACAGGAAAGCCUUUCUCCUGAUGCAUCAACCAUGUCUCGCUGCAUGCAGCCCAACAGAGCACGCGAGUGUGACGUCCUCAAGCAGAUAUUACGGCGUCAUGCUCACGGCAUACCUACUCACAUUCGUCAACUACGGUCGACCAAUGAGGCAGACAGGCAGACAGCAAAGCAGAAGAAGACAAACCGAUGCCUGUCUGUCUCCCUGUGUGUCUGCAGGUGCGUCGGCGGGUCUGUACUGGACGCUCAACGACUCGCCGGCCUUCUUGUCGUGCUGGGGCCUCAUCGACCGCGCCGGCAACCAUUCCAUCCCUUACCAGGCCCUGCACAAGUGAGGCAGAGACAGGGAAAGAGCCCGCCCCCUCUGUGCCACAAAACAGGUUGGGGUGCGUGUGGGUGUCUCUGGAUGUGCGCAGCGUGUUGGGCCGUGUUCCCCCGUUUGCCAUGGCCCUCUCUCUCGAGCACGUCAGCCCUCCGACCAUGGCCAGACGGAGAAUUCACCACCUGAGGAAACACACCGCGACCACGGCCACCACCAAUGACACCCAUACCGAACGGAGAAUUCACCACACCAGCAUGCACCACACUGGGGGGGCCUUGUUCAGCAGGCCAGCUGCAGACAUACACGACGGCCUCAGCAUCGUCGCACUCCUCUCACAGACGGUAAUCCCCACCACCACCACCACAAACCCCACAUAGAUGUGUGUCUCUGUCCCUUUGCGUGUGUGUGUGCAGAAGGACAAGAUGGUCAUCGCCGCAGCCAACACCGGCCCCACCCCAGCCGUCCGGCGCGUCUACCUCCAAGGCCUUGCAGCCGUGUCAGGUGUGGUGGGUCAGAUGCAGCGGUCGGCCUACCCCCACCAAGACAGCUGCACGGCCAGGAGCCCGUCGCUCGACUGGGGCCAGAUCAGCAUUACGCUAUCGGUGGACCCACACUCUGUGUGCGCGGUGGAGCUUAAAACACGUGUCAAGGAGGUGCCCACACGGCACCGGGAGGGGGGCAGCAGAG